AUGCCAAAGAUAUCCACUUCGGCCAGGCAACCAGGCGCAAUCAAUCCCCAAGCGUCAGAGGCGAGCGGUUUGUCAUUUAUGAUCCUAGUUGCCAGUGAUGGCGGUGGAAUUCGGGCUUGGGAACAUGAGAUCAAUGGUCACAGUUCAUCAACAGCCUCCAAUGUCUGA